CCAUCCUCUCCAUGACCCGCCCAUUCGCCGCUGCUCCCUGAGCUUGGUCAGGUGUUCGUUGUACAGCUACGUAGGUUUUGCUUUUGGAAAACUGAUUGGAUUUUGUGUUCGGACAAACACAGUCGAGGCCAUGCUCAGACGGAUACUUCAAAUGACUCCUGGGAAGGGAGGCUCCCAGAAUGCAGAGUCAGAGCAGCCCAGCACAGACCUCAACCAUGAUCAGACAUCUGAGGGCUUCAUCUGUCCUCAGUGCAUGAAGUCUCACAACUCUGCAGAGGAGCUGUUCAAGCACUAUGAGCUGUUCCACGAUACCGGAGACCUCCCUGCUCAUGUGGCCCCCACUCGGGAAGACCUUACAAUGCUGCGGCAAGAGGUUCAGGACCUGCAUGCUUCUCUCAAGGAGGAAAGAUGGUUCUCUGGUGAGCUCAAAAAGGAAUUAGACAAAGUCCAAGGACAACUGAAGCAAAACGAUGGACCGAUGGGCUCAGAGGAUUCAGUCCUUGAAAGGAAGUUGAAUGAAGCAGAGACAGAAAAGUUCAAUAUCAAGCAGAUGAAAGACCUGUUUGAGCAGAAGGCUGCCCAGCUAGCCACAGAGAUAGUAGACUUAAAGUCCCGCUAUGAUGAGGAGAAGAGCCUGAGGGAGGCUGCUGACCAGAGGCUAGCCAAAGUGACCGAACAACUGCAGAAAGAGAAGCAGGAGAAUGAGAGACUCCAAACUGAGCUGCUGCAGCGACCAGGAGUGGAGGACGUGGAGGUCCUGCAGAAGGAACUGGUGCAGGUGCAGACGCUAAUGGACCGUAUGACGUGUGAGAGGGAGGAGGAGUCUGAACGCCUGAAAAACCACUACGAGCAACUGAAGGCUAAUUACACUACCUCAGAGAUUCGUAAACUGGAGUUGACCAUAUCCCAACUAAAAGCAGAACUGGAGAAGGGUCCACAAGAAGCAGCCGUCUACACCCAACAGAUCCAUGAGCUGCAGAGCAAUCUGAAUAAUUUGCAGCAGCAAAGCCAGAGCCUGUCUGAAAAGCUGGCACGUAAGGAGAAGGAAUAUCAGGAACUGGAGGAGAGUCUGGGAGCUGAGAAAGCUGCAAAGAAGGGAGUCCAAGACAGCUUGAAGGAGAAAGAGCUGGAGGUCCAAGAGCUCCAGGCUCGGGCCACAGGGGCUGAGGCCUCCCUGCAGAAGACCCACACGGAGCUCGGAGAGAGGACUGAAGAGGUGGCAAAGCUGAAGAGUGAGAUUGGCGAGCUGGAGGUGAAGCAUGCAGAGCUGAAGGUUGAGAGGAAACAGCUGGAACAGCAAAGGGAAGAAAAAGAGAGCCAAGGUGCUCAGCAGCAGACAGAGAUCAGUCAGCUGCACGCCAAACUGCUGGAGGCAGAGAGGCAGCUGGGCGAGGUGCAAGGUCGUCUGAAAGAACAGAGGCAACUGUCUGGGGAGAAACUGAAAGACCGUGAGCAGCAAGCAGCCGACCUGCAGCUCAAACUCUCCCGUGCAGAAGAGCAGUUGAAGGAGGGGGCCAGUAAGAACACAGACCUGCAGCACCAGUUGGAGAAAGCCAAGCAGCAGCACCAGGAGCUGCAGGCGCUGCAGCAAAACACCAACGGCAAACUCCGCGAGGCACAGAAUGACCUGGAGCAGGUGUUGCGUCAGAUUGGGGAUAAGGACCAGAAGAUCCAGAAUCUGGAGGCUCUGCUGCAGAAGAGUAAAGACAUUGUGAGUCAGCUGGAAGCCGAGAGAGAGGACUUAUGUGCCAAGAUCCAGGCUGGGGAGGGAGAGACGGCGGUUCUUAACCAGCUAAAAGAGAAAAACCACGCACUACAAGAACAGGUGACACAGUUAACUGACAAGCUGAAGAACCAAUCAGAGAGCAACAAGCAAGCCCAGGAUAACCUACAUGAGCAGGUCCAGGAGCAGAAAACUCUCUUGCGUUCGGCUCAAGACCGAGCCCACACCCUAGAGACCUCAGUCACUGAGCUCACUGCCCAGCUCACAGACAGCAAGGAGAAAGUAUCUCAGCUGGACUCUCAGCUAAAGGCAAAGACAGAGAUGCUGCUCUCUGCAGAGGCAGCCAAAGCUGCACAGAAAGCCAACCUGGAGAACAACCUGGAGACUGCUCAGCAUGCACUGCAGGACAAGCAGCAGGAGCUGAAUAAAGUUCAGAAGAAGAUGGAGGAGAAGGCCCAAAGGCUCAAAGAGAGACAGGAGCAGUGCACGCAGCUGGAAACCGGUCUGAAGGAAUGCAAAGACAAACUACUGGCCUCAGAGCAGCGUGUAGAGCAGCUGGAGGGGCUCAAUAAGAAAUUGGAGUCACAGGUUGUGGAGCUGCAGGCCACACGAGAUCAGGUGCAGCAGGAAGUACAGAAGCUGCAGAAGGAAGGGUCAGAGGUUAAGCGGAAAGCUAAGGAGCUGCAGCACUCGCUGGACACAGAGAAAACAGGGGCUUCAACACUACAAGAGGAGUUAAAGAAAAAGGCAGCUGCUUUGAGUGACACCCAGCAGCAGCUGGAGUGCUGCGAGCAGGAUAAAGCUGCUCUAAAGGUGAACCUGGACAAGGUGACCCAGGAGGGAAAGACUCAGCAUGCAGAGCUGGACAGGAAAGCUCAGAGUCUGGCAGCAGACCUGAAGAAAGCCCAACAGGAGAAAGAGGCUCAGAGGAAGGAGCUUGUUUCUACUCAGGAGAGCCUAGGAAAUGCUACGAAGGCACUGAAAGAGAACCAGAGUCAAUUGGACGCAGAGAGGAAGAGCCACAAGUCAGCCAUGGAGGAGAAGGAAAAGUCCAAUGAGAAGUCGCGACAGGAGCUUCUGAAGAAUAAUGAGACCAUCACCAAGGCAGCGAAAGAAUCUAAAGAGCAGCUGGAGCAGAUGAGAGAGGCAGAGAAAAAGUUGAAAGGGCAGCUGACCUCAUUAGAGCAGCAGCACUCCAAGGCUCAGGAGGCACUGAAGGUAAAGGAGAAUGAGUUGGAGAAAGUGCGGGCACAAUUGAAGACAACCCAGGGGUCCUUUGAAGGGGAGAUCAAGAAACUGAAGGGUCAAGUGACAGAGUUACAGGAAGUCAGUGUCAAGAAGGCAGAGGAGGAGAGUAAGCUGAAGGAUCAGGUGUCAGGGCUCGGCCAGGAGCUGGCCACUGAAAAGAGCCGGACAGCAGAGCUGCAGAAGGCCUUGGAGCAAAGUCAGGAAAGUCUCACUAAGCUUCAGUCUGACUUCUACGGCAAAGAGUCUGAGGUUUCUGCAGUGCGUCAAGACCUCAAGGCAUCAGAGGAGAAGCUGAGCUUAGCCCAGGAGGAGCUGGCUGCUAACCGAACCCAUCAGACUGGUUUAGAGGCUCAGAUCCAGGAACUGAAGACGAGCCGCGGCUCAUUGGAGCAGGAGCUAGCCAAACAGAACCAGAAGCACCACCAGCAGGAACAAACACUGAAGGAGCUGCAGAAGCAAGAGAAUCAAGUGAAGGAGGAGCUAGAGAAGGAGAAGAGCAAAGUGGAGGAGCUGAACAAAGCCAAGACUGUCCUGGAAAGGAAUAACAGCAAAUUAACUUCCGAGUUAAAAGCACUAACAGAGAAGAGUGAGAAGGAGCUGGGUGAGUUGCAGGAGGCCAAACAGCUGUUGAUCCAGCAGAAACUGGAGUUACAGGGUCAGGUGGAGGCGGCGCAGGGUGACCUAGACAAAGAGCAGAAAGAGCACCAGGCCACCAGGGACAGCAGGAGCCAGAGAGAGGAACAGCUCCUCGGCCAGACCAAGGAUGCCAAGGAUCAGCUGGCGGCAGAGAAGCGAGCCAGAGAGGAGCAGGUGAAGCUCAGAGAGGAGGCAGAAGCUAAGCUGGGCGUGCAGGUGACGGCUCUGAAUGAAAAUGUAGCCACACUGAAGAGAGAGUGGCAGGGCAGCCAGCGGAGAGUUGGUGAACUGGAGAAGCAGACAGAUGAGCUGAGAGGAGAGAUCGCCGUGCUGGAGGCCACCGUGCAGAAUAACCAGGACGAGAGACGGGCUCUUUUGGAAAGGUGUGUGAAGGGUGAGGGUGAGAUAGAGAAGCUGCAGGCCAAGGUGGUGGAGCUGAGGAGGAAGCUGGACGAUACGACAGCAGCCAUGCAGGAGCUGGGCAGAGAGAACCAGUCGCUCCAGAUCAAGCAGUCACAGAGUCUGACCAGGAAGUGGGCCGAGGAUCACGAGGUGCAGAACUGCAUGGCGUGUGGGAAAGGCUUCACUGUCACUGUCAGGAAGCACCACUGCAGACAUUGCGGAAACAUUUUCUGCGCCGAGUGUUCGUCGAGGAACGCCCUCACGCCAUCUUCUAAAAAGCCAGUACGGGUGUGCGAGACGUGCUUCGAGGAGCUCCAAGGCUGAUCUCCCUCUGACCCCUUUACCUAACCCCAAGACCACCCAGCCCCCCCACGCUCUUUCCCUCCCUUUCCUACUCCAGUGGGCAGAAGGCGGCGUGUCUUUGUCAUAUUUAAUGUGCACUAUAAAGGACAGACCCUGUGCAAAGACUCCCACCUGCAUGUGACUAGUGGCUCUGGUGCGGAGGGAAAUAACUGAAGAGACGCCAGAGUCACGUGACGGGAUGGGGUGGGACUGGUUGGGAUUGUCUGUAUCUGUUUCUGUGCCUUUGCUACUCCUGUGGACUGCCAGAGAGCGGAGACAGUGAGAACUAAACACCAUCCAUCUCUUUAAGUUCCUGUUCACAUCUCCAUCAUUGUUUGGCAUCAUUAGCAAUUGCAAGGUGGCUGCUUUUGUGCAUUGUGACGUCUGUUGUCAGGAGGUAUAAGGUCGGUCUGACACUGCAGGAGCGAAUGGGGAAGUAAAUAUUGUAAUAGUUCUGUUGAAAAUCACUGCUGCCCUACAAAGGUAAAUGCAGGUAACUAUUUUGUCCAAAACCAAUAUCUGUAAAUGCCCAAUGUAACAUAUUUUCUGUGUAUAACUCAAUAUAUACAUCAAUUUGAUCAAUAACUGAAAACAGAAAAAGUUAAGAUAAAUGAAAUUCUCAUUUUUAUAGCAAGAAAGUUUAACUUCAAUAAGUACAAAAAUAUUUUUGUAAAACUUUUCAAUUUCACUGAGAGACUGUAUUUAAUGUGUGUAAUGCAGAUUUUUACUUUUGAACAGAAAGGUGUUUCUGAAGUAGUUUUUCAACCGUCAACACUUAAUUUCCUCCAAAACAAGGCUACCAAAACCUGUUAGUUCAGCUGCUUUAAUUUGAUGUUUAUGGACAGGGUUUCAUAUUUAUGCAUUAUGUUGUGUGAAUUCACAUAGCUAAAGAGCACCAGGUCCUUUUCGCUAACAUUGUGUUGUAUAUUAUAACAGUAAAAGGGAAAUAAUUACAGCUUGAGAUUUUUCAUGGAGCAAUUUUUUUUUUCGAUUUAUGAAUCUACAACUGAAACAACAGUAGGAAUAUUGUUGUUUCCUUAAAGAAAACAUUUCAUCAGUCAGUUUAUGCACCAGCGUUUUUCUGCACGUAACUUGAGGUUAAAUAAGUUACUGCAUGUUUCCUUUGUGUGGCAGCGUGUUUGUGAAUUUGUCGAAAUUAACGUGUUCAGCCUAUUUCAUGACCAAAGAAUGUCUGCAGCAGGAAUACAGGCCGGAUGAAAGCCCUGAGUUUGUUUUCGUAUUUCAGUAUUUUUUUCUAAGCGUCUCUGAGUUUUAAAUCACAGGGUCUGACAUUUUUAUCUUGAACACAGCGGUGCAAAGUGGCACGUGGGACGAUCUGACAGGUGGUUUUUUUUUAUGUACACUCAGUUUUUGCUGUGCCACAUUUCUCUUUGUGUGUUAAUUUCUAAAAAAAAAAAAGUGGUGCUUUCUGCAGACUGGUGAUGCAGUCAUCGAAGGUGCCUGCAUGUUUAUUUUUUAAAUGUUUUUUCCUGCUGCUUGUCUCAUCCACAGCAACUGACUACUGCUCAAGCUGUGUGUGUGUGUGAGCGUGUGUGUGUGUGUGUGUGUGUGUGUGUGUGAGCGUGUGUGUGUGAGUGAGAGCGUGUGUGAGCGCGUGUGUGCGCAUGCUCUGCUUUGAAGCAAUAACUGGGGCUGUGUGUGAUGUUGCUGUAACAGAGUGUGUGUGUUUUAGUGUCUAGGCCUGCUGUGCUUACCUGCUGCGAAUGUCGGCCGCUCAGAACCUCGCGUUGUCCGGGGACGUUGGUGCUGCUUUCAGGUGCAGCGUUUACUGUCCAGCCCGCCUGCAGCUGAGAACACUGUAAAAGUUAAUUCCUGCUUUGUUUUAAUUUAUAAUUGUUGACAGAUAUUGGUAAGAUCUUUUUGUGCAAUUGUCUACAGACUGGAGCAGGUGAUAACACUGUAAGCCAGGCGAGGAUUCAGGCUGUUCUGGCGUUUUGCAACAAGCAGCAUGUUUCAGACAGAGGCUUACCAAAUUAGUUCUUUAUGCUUGUAUUCCUAUUCCAAAAGAAUGUCCAUCUCAGUUGCAAACUCUCAAAAACACCUGUCUCUUUUUAUGUUGCAUUGGUUUUGUUAUGUCUACCUCAGAUUGGCACAGGAAAAGCACUAUUUCUAAACCUUAGACUUCACAAAUGUUGUAUCAUUGCCUGCAUUUGAUCAAGAAUUUGUGAUUGAUCUAUCAAGUUGUACAGUCACUGAAACCCAGAGAGAUGAUUUGCACCUUAUUGUAUUCUGGGCUCUUCUGUAUGAGAACCCAGCCACAAACAUAGGACCACCAACUUUAUACAGGCUUCAGCAUUUCUAUCCCCGAUGUACUUAACUGCUCAUUAAUACGAAGUCUGUCAUAAUUAUCUUUGUAAAUGUUUGUAAUGAAAGAGAAAAAGGAAAUAUAUAACACUUGUGGAUGUAGAAACAUGACAACAGUGAAACUGUGUGUGGAUUCAUCAGUGUCUUACUCAUUUUUACAAAAUGGCACCACAGAUCUAUACACACUGAAUCGUGGCUUGCUUCGUGUUGCUCAGUUAUCAUGCAUGAUGACUUAACUGGCCUGUGGCUCACACGUUUUCUCCAUGUUUUAGAGUCAUCAUAUCUGGUGGUCGUGAAGGUGUGCCUUAGGCCAACAUCUUUGUGCGUCACUGCUCACUGUCAGCAGUGACGUGCACUGUGUAUUACCAGUCGGGGUGACUUCAGUUCACCUGAAGGGAAGAGAAAUAAUGUAAUUUAUGUUCACAUGCACCCAUUGAUUUUCUAAUUCAUCUUCAUGACAAACCUAAAUAAAAUCUACAGUAUGUUUCUA